CAUAUAGGCCCAAAGAUGAAGAAGCCCAAUGAUGAAACAGUAAAAGAUAGCCAAUUGAUAACAGCUCAAAUUGCCGUUAUGAAUGGAUAUAUUCCAACAUAUUCCGGUGACAAGGCCAUUAACAGCCACACGACGAUGAAAGGCACCGCUCUCGCUCAGUCUGGAGGCAUUGGUGGUAGUCGGUUACUGGACGGAGAGCAAACCCACUCCUGUGCAAGUUGUAAGAGGAUAUCUUUGUUCCGAGGUCGCAGCGUACUUGCAACGGAAUUUCAAACCAACUUCAAGACUCAGGAUUGCGUAGAAGGAAUUCAUCUUGUUCUCAUUUGAGUCCAGAUAAAUCCAUCUUCGAGCUACUUAGUCAACUUCUCAAUGGAAAUAUUGGUUCGUUUGCCACAGAAUAUCCACAGAACGAGCAGCUAGCUGUUAAGCCUUUUCAAUGUAGGUAAAUACUUAAAAGAGGAAGUAUAUAAAACAUAUGGCACUUGGUUAAUACUUUACAUGUUCGUGUGUAUGUAUGUAUGUAAUUGAAGUGGACGGAUCGUGAAAUGAGACUAUAAAAUUGCUUGCAUGUAACACACAGAAUAUUGGGCAGGUGGUGGACCAAUCCUUACUAAAGGGAAAUGUUGGUCAGUUUGCUGCUCUUCUUUUGGUGACUCGAGAGAAAGUGAUGGCUCCAAUUGCCAUCCCUAUAGAUGACCUUUCCGAAUAGAAUUUUUUUCACUGAUGGUAUCGUUUCUAACUUGAAUUAGUUAUUAUUGUAGUUGCCAAGCUACUAUGUUCAAUUAUUUUUAUGUAGAUGGUGAAAUACUGAGCUUUAGUUCCAAAGGUGACAGAAACUACCCCUCCCUGCCUCGUUAUGUUUUAAUUUUACUAUUAAGUUUAAUUUUAGUUUGGAAUAUGUGCGGUUGCCAUUAUGAAAUAUUUGUAAUUUGAAUUUUAUAUUAAACUACUAUUAAUAACACUUUUUGUGUAUGUCUGGGGAGGAAAAAAACAGGGGAAAAUAUUUGGGAGUAAUUGGGUGCUCGCAGGUGAAAACACAUAAAUGGUGGUAGGGAUGGGGUGGCAGGACACCCCGGUUAGGCGGUUUUGGGCCGGGGUGGAAAGAUACUGUCCCAGAGAACUGCCCCUGUUACCAUCCCUAGUCGUCUAGCCUAGAGUUUAGGAACAACUCAGUUUCUAGCAGAUGGAAGCCAUGCAGCUAAACAAAUAAACCCCUUAUCACCAUCUUGCAUGGAUUCAACUCAUGCGGAAGAAGAGCACAAUAGCUAUGAAUGAAGACGAAAGAAUGACUUGAUGGAUCUCUAAAUAUAAAGGCAUACAAGCCGUAACUCGAAGAAAAUAAAAAAAGGCAUACAAGCCCUAACUCGAAGACAACUCCAUCUGGGAUCAUCAAGGAUUGUGCACUCCAAAUUUAUGAAACACAAGGACAUUCACUAUUCGUCAAACACUACUUUUUAAUCUAAAAUCUAAUGUUUGUCUUUCUGGUGUGAUUCACUGAAUUUGAUGAACCCCACAAGGCUAUAACUUGAUUCUGUGAAAGAUUUACGACUUGCCUUUAGAAAUGACUGAACAGAAUUGUAGAACAUAGGACUAAAGGCAACAAAACAAAUACACAAGUAUCCACACAUUGCUGAAAAAAUAUAGAAAUAACAUUGCUAUAUCUUGCUUUAUUUUACAUCAUGAAGAAACAGCAAUGUUGUCAAGUUGAUACCAAAGGGCCUUUGGUCCAACAGUUUAACCUCCCCAUCCUUAAAGAUGAGUGGAGGGGUUUGAGCUGUCUACAGGUUGGAUAUCAUGACAAUGUAGCUGUUCUCUUCUCUGUAUAUGGAACCAGCUUCACACUCUUCUUUGUUGCCCCCAAAGCUUCCCAGUCAGAGAACUGGUCCAAUUUCCUAUCCUAAUAUUCAUUCCAGUACAAUGUUAUCGAUCUGUGAUUUUGCUUAAUUACUACUUACUCAAAUGAAACUCCAAAACAAGAAAAGUCUAGCCAAAAUUAAAAUUCAUCAUCCAUAUAUUAAAAAAAAAAAAAAAGAA